UUCAGGGUGCUGGCGGCCAAGUGCUUCCUUUAACAAGAUGGCGGCGGGAAGUAGUGCCGCUGGCGGUGCGCGCUGCUCAAAAAGCGAGGCCGACUCUGGCUUCCUGGGGCUGCGGCCCACUUCGGUGGACCCAGCCUUGAGGCGGCGGCGGCGAGGCCCAAGAAAUAAGAAGCGGGGGUGGCGGCGGCUCGCUCAGGAGCCGCUGGGACUGGAGGUCGACCAGUUCCUGGAGGACGUGCGGCUGCAGGAGCGCACGAGCGGUGGCUUGAUAUCAGAGGCCCCGGAUGAAAAACUCUUCUUCGUGGACACUGGCUCCAAGAAUAAAGAGCUGAACAGGAAGAGGACCAGAAGCCAGAAGAGGUCCCUGCUUCUCAAGAAACCCCUUCGGAUCGACCUCGUCCUAGAGAACACAUCCAAGGUCCCUGCCCCCAAAGACGUCCUUGCCCACCAGGUCCCCAAUGCCAAGAAGCUCCGGCGGAAGGAGCAGCUAUGGGAGAAGCUGGCCAAGCAGGGCGAGCUGCCCCGGGAGGUGCGCAGGGCGCAGGCCCGGCUCCUCAACCCUCCUGCGGCCAGAGCCAAGCCUGGGCCCCAGGAUGCCGCCGGGCGUCCCUUCUAUGACCUCUGGGCCAAAGACAACCCGCUGGAUGGGCCCCUGGAAGGCCAGGACGCGUUCUUCCUGGAGCAGACCAAGAAGAAGGGGUGAAGGUGGGUGGGACGGCCUCAGCAUCUCCACACCAAGCCCUCCCAGGCGCCUGCUGUGGAGGUGACCCCCGCGGGAGCCUCCUACAACCCGUCCUUUGAGGACCACCAGACUCUGCUCCGUGCGGCCCAUGAGGUAGAGCUGCAGCGGCAGAAAGAGGUGGAGAAGCUGGAGCGGCAGCUGGCCCUGCCCCCAGCCGAGCAGGCCGCCACCCAGGAGUCCGCCUUCCAGGAGAUGUGCCAGGGGCUGCUGGAGGAGUCGGACGGGGAGGGGGAGCUGGCCGAGGGCCAGGACCGGGGGCUGGAGGCUGGAGGAGACCAGGCCGAAGGAGCAGAGGCCUCGCCAGCCGUCCGCCUGGCCUCCUUGGAGAAGAAGACGGAGCAGCAGCGGCGGCGGGAAAAGGCCGCCCGGAUGCUGAGAGCACAGCAGGCCGCGGUGCGGGCCGCCCGGCUCCGGCACCAGGAGCUCUUCAGGCUGCGUGGGAUCAAGGCGCAGGUGGCACGGCGGCUGGCGGAGUUGGCACGGCGCCGGGAGCGGCGGCAGGCGCAGAGGCUGGUGGAGGCCGACAAGCCCCGCCGGCUGGGGCGGCUCAAGUAUCAGGACCCCGACAUUGACGUGCAGCUCAGCUCCGAGCUGUCUGACUCGCUCCGGACCCUGAAGCCCGAGGGCAACAUCCUCCGGGACCGGUUCAAGAGCUUCCAGCGGAGAAACAUGAUCGAGCCUCGCGAGCGCGCCAAGUUCAAGCGCAAGUACAAAGUGAAGCUGGUGGAGAAGCGGGCCUUCCGGGAGAUCCAGUGA